CCAAGCUUGCCCGCUGCACGGGGGUUUCCUGUGCUCCACGCACUGCCCCACCCCGUGCGAUGUCACCGCGCUCAGCUGACACAAAAACAAGAGUCUGCAGGGCAGAGGUCUACACUCUGGACCGGGAGAUCUCUUCACCGACUCCAGGAGGUGGGCGCGCUGCGGAGGACAGACGCCAGCGGGUAACGGGUCCCCCGAGGUCCUUUGCACAAGUUUUCUCAAAGCCAGGAUCAUCAGGAAAAGACUUCUGCUACAGGCUGAGAAGAUGAGUUUCCUGGCAAGUUUGGAAAUGAACUUUUCGGAGUACAUUGUAGAUGGAGGGAGAGCCACCCUUGGGGUUAGGCAAAGGGUGGAAAUGGACCCUGCCCACCGGGAGAGACAGAACGAAGUCAUCUCUAAAGCAGUGUGUGCUCUGCUGAAUUCUGGUGGGGGAAUGGUCAGGGUUGAGAUUGAGAACAGAGACUACAAUUCCGAGUGUGAUGGAGUAGGUUUGAAUCUGCCGCCAUUGUUCAGAAACCAUCUGGAUGAGAUGCAGCAGGGGGAGCUCUUUUUAAUAUAUGUGAACUCGUGGAACGUGGCCCACUCAGGCGUGCCCCUCGCUACCUUGUGUUCCAAUUUGUACCACAGGUGCGGAAGGUUUAAUGAGGUCAUGGAUCCUCCAGAAGCCCUGCUGUUCCUCAGAAGAAGGGUCGAGGCUCUCAGGAACGAUGGUGAUCCUGACUUAGUAAAUCCACAGGAAGCCUCUGUUGAUAACCACAUGAUCUCAGCUGCUGGUUUAUUUGAAGGCUGGCAGCUCCAGUACCUGCAAAAACUCAACUUUGCAGAGUCCCUACACGUUGAUUUUCAAAUGUUCUCUGCAGACCUUUCCCAGGGCCUUAAAGAGAGACUCCCCGUGUGUGUUUCUGCCCUUGCCAAUUCUGAAGGGGGAUAUGUGUUUUUCGGUGUGCACGAUAAGACCUGUCAAGUCAUUGGAUGUGAAAAGGAAAAAUUAAAUCCUUCCACCUUGCUGGCUACUAUUGAUGGCUGUAUCAGGAAGAUGCCUGUCUAUCACUUCUGUGCACAGGACCAUAAAGUGCAAUAUGAGGUCAAAUUCCUGGAAGUGUAUGAGAAAGAGGCCCUCUACGGGUAUGUCUGUGCAAUCAAGGUAGAACGAUUCUGCUGUGCAGUAUUUGCCAAAGCGCCUGAUUCCUGGGAGAUAAAGGACAAUCAUACAAAGCAGAUAGCCACAAAGGACUGGUUAGCUUGGAUGGUAGAAACCGACCCAGAGCUUUACAGUUUUCCUCAGUUGACCCUCGCAAGGAGCGUGUUAGGCACCACGCCCAAAAGCAGGCCUGUGUUCAAACAUACAAGUCUGAGAGGUGUGGAAGAGCUGCAGAAGGAUUACUUUCCAGUGUCACCCAACAGGAUUACGUAUACUCCAGAGAGCAUCUACAGGGACCUCUUCUCAGACCACAGAGGACUAAGAAACCUAAUAAAUUCAGAAAUGCGCUGUUUCUCUCAAGGGGUAUUGGUUUUCUCCCACAGCUGGGCUGUGGACCUAGGUCUUCCAAGGAAGCAAGGAGUCAUCUGCGAUGCUCUUCUGAUUUCCCCCAACAAUGUCCCAAUACUGUACACCAUUUGCAGCCAGUGGACUCUGGAGUACAAGUCUUAUUCUAUGAAAGUCGCUCGUACUCUGAAGGAGCAAUUGGUGAACGUGGGUGGCUACAUCGGGAGACUAGGCAUUAUUCCCUUGGUCUUACAGCUGGGUUCUGAUCAACCAGUAAGGCCCAGUUUAGAAAUGCCGGUUUACCCCGAAUCCUAUAACUUCACAACCGUGGAGGAGAUGGAGGAACUGCUGCAGUCCCUUGUGAUCGUCUUGUUUGGGUUCAGAUUCUUCUCAAACGAAGAGCUACCCUCUGAGAUCAUGAUGCUACUCACGGACCAACAGUAUCAGUUGGUUUCAAAGAAUCUUUGCAAGUGUGGAGAGCUGUUUGUUCAUGGCUUACCCGGCUCAGGGAAGACCACUCUAGCCCUCAGGAUCAUGGAGAAGAUUAGGAACGUGUUCAGCUGUCAAGCCAACAACAUUCUCUACAUCUGUGGGAACCAGGCUUUGACGAGGUUUAUGAGCAAGAAAAACCUUUGCCAGGCAGUGACACAGAAAAAUUUCAUGAAAAAAACCUUUAACAACAUUGAACACAUCGUCGUGGAUGAAGCUCAGAAUUUCCGAACCGAGGACGGGGACUGGUAUGCGAAGGCAAAAUCCAUUGUUAAGACCAGGAGAGGCGACCCGGGGGUUCUCUGCAUCUUUCUGGAUUACUUUCUGAUCAACCACUUGUGCUGCAGCGGCCUUCCCAGUCUCCAACAGCAGAACCAAGUACUGUUCCUCACUAGGAUGCUCCGUAACGGUGACAACAUAACCAACUACCUACAACACAUAAUCCAGCAAAUCAGAGAAAACCCUCCCGUCAAUGUCCCCCCAGAGGCCCUGAGGUUGGGCCAAGAACCCGAAUGGGUUCUACCUGACACUGGCAGUUUAGAGAUUACUGAUGACUUGAGUCUGGAGCAGAUGGCAAGCUACAUAGCAGAGAAAUGCCGGUGUCUCUGGAGGUCUGGCUAUGACCCCAGGGAUGUCGCUGUUCUUUUCACCAACACCAGAAACAUAGACAAAUGUAAAGACAAGAUUCUUCUAGCAAUGAGGAGGAGGACUGCGUCUCAGCUCAGCGAGGAACCCAGUUCCCUAGUGCAGGUCAGGGAGGGGUUGGAUAUUCUGGGUAAUCACAUCGUAUUCGAGAGGGUCCACCGAUUUUCAGGCCUGGAAAGAAGCAUAGUUUUUGGGGUCAUUCCAGUGGCAUCUGACACAACCAUUUUCUACAAUGUUCUGCUCUGUCUGGCUUCCAGGGCGAGAACCCAUCUGUACAUCAUAAAGCUUUCGGAUUGUUAGGAAGAUAAGUCUCUAGAAGACUUUGAAACUCUUUGAUCUAAACAUUCAAGCACCAAAACAUUUAAUGUGCAGUCACCCACUUAGGGCAAACAAGUACUGGUGCAAAUGACUCAGACAGUUGUAAAAGAUAGCAGAGUAAUUGGCACUGAGAUUCUGUCUGUCUGUCUGUCUGUCUGUCUGUCAGUGUAUGUGUGUGUGUUAUUGGGAAGUACUGGUUGUUUGGAGUAGGGACGAAAGAGCUAAUCAUGAGAAGACCGCUGAACUAUAUGUUCUAGUAGACUCAUGUUCCUUGUUUUAUUUGUUUGCUUGUUUUUAAUUUUAACACAGACGCCCACAGAAAUGCUUGAUCCUGGUGUAUGGGGAAAACAUGAAGGGUAGAGGGGUAUAGUUUGUCUGUCUUUAGCAGGACAUGUUUUGAAAAAUAAAUUCACAAACUGCAGAUUGUAAUUUCUUGGUGAGACCAGUUUAGAUUGUUGUGUUGUUUUCCAUUUUGCCUUUUAUUGGUGUCACUGUCUUUGAUCUUUGCCUCAUGCAUGACCUUUCCAUUCAGAAUCUUUGCCCUUUGACUCAGCUUUAAUGUUAUUCCUGUGGAGACUCCGGAGUCUCCGCGGUCACAGUGCUGCGGGGAGACUCGCUCUGUGGGGUUUAGUGGUCUGGAAGGUAGGGGACCUCAAAGGAUGGAUAUACAGAUAUAAAGUUGACAUGACUUCACAUUUAGUUUAGUAACCAUUGUAUGCAAAUGUAAGUCAAAUAUCUGUUCUCCAGGUUCUCAGUAGUUCAACCAGUCUUUCAAGGGCCACGGAGGAAAAAUUUUCAUCCUUUACUUUAGUUUCUCAGAAACUCAAAAUUUAGAGCCAUACAGACUCGUCUUUUUUGGGAGACACAAACAAACAAAAAUACAGAGUUAAUUGUUUAUUAAAAAGGGAAAAGUAAAUCAUGAAAAUUUAAGGGAAAUAAGCAUAUAUGGAAAGUAUGAUAUAAGUUGAGUAACUUGGAGAAAAAUCACAUAUUCUAACAGGAGUAUCUAAGCCUAUAAUGUUUAUAUGAGUGUGUAUAAGCAGGGCUGAGUGUAGGUAUAGGCCAUGAACUAGAAAAAAGACAAAGAAGCUUGGGGAAAAAAAGCAGUGGGGGUAGGAACAGCAGGUUACUUGUGAUAUGAAAGCAGAAAGGAUGCUGUCGGGGAGACAGAAGCAGGGCAGAGGGAUGGGCUCAUGGAAGGGAGGGGGAACAGAUAUUGGUGAAAUACUGUAAAAAAAGAAAAAAAAAAAACAAAAAACACCCAAAACUUGAAGGUAGAAUUGGUUUGCUUUAGGCCUAGUUACAGUCUUAAAAAUUAACACACAAGGGGCUGGAGAGAUGGCUCAGUGGUUAAGAGCACUGGCUGCUCUUCCAAAGUGACCCAGGUUCAAUUCCCAGCACCCACAUGGCAGCUCACAACUGUCUGUAACUUCAGUUCCAAGGGGCCUGACACCUUCACACUAAAGCACAUAAAAUAAAAUUGAACAAGUUAUUUAAAAAAUUCACACACAAAACAAUUUACUUCUAGCCAGGCGGUCAAGGUGCACGCCUUUAACCCCAGCACAUGGGAAGCAGAGGCAGAUGGAUCUCUCUGAGUUCGAGGCCAGCCUGCUCGACAGAGCAAGUUCCAGUACAUCCAAGGCUACACAGGAAAACCCUAUCUUGAAAAGCCAAAAAAAAAAAAAAAAAAAAAAAGAAAAAAAAGAAAA